UUUCGAGAUUCGAGACUGUUUUACUUUAAUAGGACGUAUAACUGUACCACGUGACCGCGAGGAUGCGCGUUUGUACAAUUUACGACAGCUGCGCAGACCCACUGACAAAGGCGGCAAUGAUUCGAAUCGCUGUCGAUAAUGUCAUUUUUGCAGGCAGUUUUUUUUCAGGAAAAAUAAGCCGUGUUCUGCAAAUUCUCCUGAUAUAAGGCACUCAAAGUGAAAUAGAUCAGGCAUUUAUCGUAAUAUGAUGUAUGUAAACGAAAAUGCAGAAAACGUGUGUGCGUUAAAAUGCGCGCAUAACGCCAGAACAAUUAUCGAUAUAUACAAUGUGUUUCCAAGCGACGUGGAUAUAUCGCCGUUGCCCUAGUAUCGUUAACAGUAGUAUACAUAUAGCUAUGCGUAAGCGCGACGCAUCAAAGCUACUAGAGAGAGAGAGAGAGAGAAUAUAAGUUAUAUUUACAGUUUUGUUUUGCGCAAUGUACCGGUUCACGUUGGAUUAUAUAAUAAUAUUCAUAAUUUAAAAUAGAUAACGAUUAUACGAUUAGCUCUAUAUAGCGCGAAGUUUGUUAUCGUUGAAUAUAUCAAGGUAUAAAUAAUCGCGUAUUCGAGCAACUUUACAUGACCAUCGCGUGGACCAUCGAACCUCUCGCGCCCAAAAAUGAGCUCCACUCAAAACCCGGCGAAACUGCAUCGCGAGCGGAGCAUAAUCGAGCGGCAAAGUACAAUCGGGACCUCAGAGGCGGAUCGUACAGCCACGAGGUCCCGACAUCGAAUGAGCGCCGCAUCAUCAAGUAGGAUAAAGGUCAGCGCAUCUGCGGCUUUUCGCGCCAGAGGCUCCCGAGCGCCGACCAGCGCCGCGUCCAAACAGCAACAGUCACAGCACCACCAAGCGGCAGCAACGAUCCUUCAGCGUCGGGACCGUCUCCGGGUGUACGAGUCCGGCGAGGACGUGACCCCGCGAAGUCUGGUCCAUCCGCUGUACCCCAAUUUGGAGUACCGUCGGACGGCCUUCGACGCGAUCGGUUUGUCUCAAUUGCUCGGAUCAUCUCACGGAGGCAGUGUCUCCCAGAUACCGAUGCAUCAGCAGCCACGACAGAGUCUCGCCACUGUCUCUUCCUUCUCCUCGAUCUAUAGCGUGGACGAGGUCGAGAGUUUAGCGGGAUCGGUAAGAGUCUCGCUCAAAGGAUCUACCAAGGACGAGGACGACGCGCCGUCCCAGUUUCAUCUGCCGAGGCUGGACUCGCGAGAGCGUUACGGUCCGAACGACAAGCUGACGAUAACGUUACGCGAGACGGAAACCUUCUUUCUCUUCGAUCUGCCGCAGCUGACGGAGGACGCGCGGACGGAAGCAGGUCGAGCCGUCAUCGAGGAGAACGAGAGGUACCGACGGAUCAUGGCUGGGGCCGGACGGAAAACCGUCGACGCCGAGACUCAGACGCCCCAGCUCUACACCAAGACCAGAGGCACCUACGUUGGCAGAGAGGAGCGCAAAAAUAAGCCGACUUUCCUCAACAACUGGGUCAUGCACGACACCUACAGGGACGAGGGGAAGAUCGGCACUGGUGAACCUUACGAGAGGGACCGCUUCAAGUUCCCUCAAGCCAAGCCGAACGAACUGCACCUCCAGCCGGAGGAUCAGCUGGCCGCUAUCGCAGCGACGGACGCCUACGAGGAAGCCACCCGCGUCACUCUGCGAAUCCUGGCGAGUAAACGCUACGAAGAUGCUCAAAAGCGAUUCGCUGGUCUGCUGCGACAGGAUCCAUGCGACCCGGCUCUCGAACUCGUCUACGCUCUGGAACAGCUCUGGAGCCACGAGAACGAGAGGACCAGACACAGAGCCGUGUCGGCUUUCAGGUGGAACCCGGCGAACGGGAGUCUGUUAGCCGUCGGCUACGGGACCGUCGCUAAAUCGUCCAGCCCAGAUGAGCCAUCGCCAGCCGACGGUUUGGUGCUGCUCUGGUGUGCCAAGAACCCGAGCGAGCCCGACCGCUGCUACGAGUUCGGCAGUCCCGUGAGCGACCUCGACUGGAGCAAGAGCCGACCGAAUCUUCUCGCCGUGGGUUUCUACGACGGUAUGGUCCGCAUCAUCGACGUCAGCAAGAAACAGCUGACCGUCGUCAGGCAGUCCCAGAGGGAGAGUUCGCCGUCUUACGAGCCGCAUUGGCAGGUUCAGUGGUGGCCCGUGUUCGACGAUCGGCUGGACACUCGCGAGCAGCUCUACACCAGCAACCAGGACGGCCGGAUCAGCUUCUAUCCGGGCCAAGAGGCUUUCGCCUCUCGACAGAUCUUCAAGCUUCAACUCAUCCAGGGAAGAAUACCAGGCGUCCGCCGCGCGAACCACUGUCUGGGACACGACAUUCCAAUCAGUCGCAGCCCAGGCGCUCUUCUACUCCGUCGUCAUCCGGACCAGCCAGGCAUCUACCUGGUGGGUACCGAAGAAGGUUGCGUGCUACGCUGCUCCACGGCUCAGCCUCAGCAGUAUCUGGACAGCUUCCUGGCUCACGACGGGCCGAUAUACAGCCUCGAGUUCUCGCCGUUCUGCGGAAAACUUUUGCUCAGCUGUGGCGCCGACUGGACCACCAGGAUAUGGGCGGAGGGGCUCGACGAGCCGCUGCUGUGCUUCGGCACGAGGAUGGCUAGCGUCAGUGCUGCCGCUUGGAGUCCCAGGAACUCGACGAUCUUCGCCAGCGCCGUUGGCAACGAGAUCUGCAUAUGGGACAUCCGACGAAAGACCCACCGACCGGCCUCGGUGACACGAGUCUGCGAAGGUAACGCUAGAUUACAAUGCCUCGAGUUUACGCGCAGUGGUGAGCAGAUAGUCGCUGCCGACGACGAGGGUGUGGUCUACGUCAUAGGACUCACGGGGAUGCCCCUGCCACCGUUCGAUCAGACGCGGACACUCGUAGAAGCUCUGCGCAAGGCUCUGCUCACCAAGCCUGAGAUUCUUGCAAGACUUGCCAAGAUAGGUCAGCCCUUCGGAGCGGUUGUUUAAAGUCCGUUUCUCGUUUUUUUUUUUUUUUUUUGUUUCACAUGUAAAUAGAUUUUUUACCUGAUGCAAUAAAAUCUUGUUAUAACAAUCA